AUGGCAGCUGCCUGGCCUUCCAGCCUGUCUGCUCUGGAGGCCGUGACUGUCAGACUCCUCGGUGUCCUAUGGUUAGUCUCAGUCACCACAGGACCCUGGGGGGCUGUUGCCACCUCUGCCGGGGGCGUGGCGUCACUUAAGUGUGAGGACCUCAAAGUGGGACAAUAUCCUCUAGUUGGGGUUGCAGAUCCAAAAGUAAAUGAAGCUACGCAAGAAUCAGUUAACUGUACAAACCACACAGCUCGUGUUUCAUGUUUUCCAGCACCCAACAUAACUUCUAAGUAUUCCAGUGGCAAUGAAACACAUUUUACUGGGAAUGAAGUUGGUUUUUUCAAGCCCAUGUCUUGCCAAAAUAUAAAUGGCUGUUCAUACAAAGUGGCAGUUGCAUCGUCUCUUUUUCUUGGAUGGUUGGGAGUAGAUCGAUUUUACCUUGGAUACCGUGUCUUGGGUUUGUUAAAGUUUUGCACUGUAGGGUUUUGUGGAAUUGGGAGCCUAAUUGAUUUCAUUCUUAUUUCAGUGCAGAUUGUUGGACCUCCAGAUGGAAGUAGUUACAUUAUAGAUUAUUAUGAAGCCAGACUUACGAGACUGAGUAUUAUUAAUGAAACAUUUAGAAAAACACAAUUAUAUCCGUAA